AUGAAUGAAUAUGAUGUAGAUGAGUUAGACGCUGAUGAUAAACAGCAGUGGCCUGGACUCGGGCAAGAUGGAAAUAAUGGGAAUGCAUGUGACGGUCAUGGAAAGCGCCGCUUUGAGGGUCGGGAACGUCGAACGCGGGAUUCUCCUAGAGAAUUGACCUGGGAAGAACGUAUUCGAAAGGGAGCCGUGCAGAAAGAGCGUGUGGAACAAAGAGGGUUUAACAGGAGCGAUAGAAGUGGUCGUGAUGGUAGAGAAAACAACAGUUCAAGUGGGCGCCAGAAAGCUCGGCGUAGAGAACGCUUAGAAUCCAGAACGGGCGAAAUUUAUGCAAAGGAUUCGGUGCUUUCAACUACCUUAGGAGAGAGAUGUCCAACGGCAAAUCGCAAUUAUCGUGACCAGCCUUCUCGAAGUUUUGGGCCUCGUGGGAGCUGCCCAGCAAAUAAAUUGUGUACUUUUGAUGUAAGGACUCGAACGGUAGACGUGCCAGCUUCAGUGCACUACGGACACGGUAUUCCUCUUUUGGUGUCUCGCAACACGUACUACCCCUCUCCACCCAACUCGCUCAUGUGUGUCCCGCGACAACAUCAGCGUUUCCGAAAUACCUGGCUUGAUGCGAGUUUUGGCAUCAACUAUCCAUCCAUCCCUAUGAUGGAUUACAAUUUUACUCCCUGUCAAGGGUAUGGUGGUCUAAGAUUCGCAAGCGGUCAUCGUUAUCAGUAUGGUAAAAAUCCUGCCAGAGAAAUUGCAAAAAUGAGGGUCCAACUCACUAGCGCGAUUAGAGCAGGAACUUAUGAGCCGGGAGUAGUGAAGAAUGAACGCGUCUCAAAUGAAGAUGAGGAAGUUUGGGAAACGGAAACAGAAGAUGAGAAACGGAAGCGCUGGAAUGUGGGAGUUUAUUGGCCGUUUGAGAAGGAUGUUCCUGAAAAGUUUAAGAAGGAGAAAAUCGAGGAUAUGCAGGUCCAGAAAGAGCGAACAGAGGGAAGCCCUCCUAACAUUGAAGAGUGCACUAAAGGCAAGAAGAUCAAAUCACUUGAACCGGAAGGUGACAAACUCAAAGUGAUUGCUUCUGGUUGA